AUGCAUCUUCCGCUCGUCUUGGCUGUCGUCGGUGCCGCCGCAUCCGCGUCGGCCACGCUCAAGAUUACCAGCGCACUGAGCGUGAUUGAAUACACACCCGAGCUCUGGGCGAUCCGGCAGGCCUCGUCAGCCUCGUCCGGGGGCGCGUCGUCGGUUGGGACCAUCACCAACGGCGGUGUGGCCAACAUUGUGUCGGACACCUCCAUCGACCUCGCCGCCAACGCCGAGACCCAGGCCCUGCGCCAGUUUGCCAGCCACAAGAAGCUGCGCAUCAUCUACACCGUGGCCGAAGUGGCCUACCGCCUGGUGGCGCGGUCUGCGUCCGCCACGACUGUUGCGGACCUCAAAGGGAAACGCAUCGGCACCAUUCCGGGCACGUCGGCCGCGUACUUUGUCGAGCGGCUGCUGCAGGACGUGGGGGGGCUCGGCCCCAGCGACUACACCGUGGUCAACGGCGGCAUUUGCAUGGCGGCCCCGUGUGGGGCGGGCACGCUGCCGUAUAUGCUGGCCCACGGCACCAUUGACGCCGCGGGCAUGUGGGAGCCGACGAUGCAGCUGGUGCUGGACGCGCUCUCGACGGCCGCGGUGCCGCACACCGUGUUCCAGAACGGGUCUGUGUACAGCGAGGUGUUCAAUCUGCACAGCACGUCGGACAAACUGGCGGAUCCUGCGAAGCGCAAAGAAAUUGUGGCGUUCCUGAAGCUGCUGGACAAGGCGGAGGCGCAGUUUGGCGCCGCUGGCGGCCCAUCGGACGCGAUUGUGUCGCUGGUCGCGUCGUCGGUGUUGGGCCUGGCGGGGAACACGUCCCUGGUCAGGGCGGUCUGGCCGGUGCACACGUGGACGGGCGACCUGCAUGCAGACAAGGUGCUGGAUGUUCUGGUAAAGGAGGACGCGUGGGUGGCACGGAUCGACCGGCGGACCGCGAUGAGCCGCGACACAUUGUCGACGCUGAUCGAUGCGAGCGUCUUGGCUGAGGCGAGACAGGGGUAA